UUGUUUGAAGUGUCUAAGGGCUGCUCAGAUUGGUUUGCGUCUGUAACUCCGUAUAGCUUUGUUUUGAAUCUCUUACUUUUAUUCAUUGUUGCUUAUUUUUUUAUUACCGUAUAUGUAAUAUUGCCUACCACACUAAUCUGACGUCGCUAGCUUGUAAUAUUUGAAUCUAAAUCGCUGUUACAACGCAUUUGCAUUUGCAGCGCUAGCUUGUCAACUUGUUAACAGUCGCUCGCGCGCUCCUUUUUCAACGCGUUCUUCAAACAGCUGUGGUAAGUCGGAUCAGUCUACAAACACGGUGAGUCAUGUCAUCCUCUCCCAGCAUUGCUACCUGUUCCAUUUGCCACAUGUUUACCAUAGCUCUCUCUGUCAGUGAUGAGGGAUUUACAUGUCAUAAAUGUAGGAAAAUAGUCAGGCUGACAGGGAGAAUCUCAGAAUUAGAGACACGCAUCCAAACUUUAAUCGAGGAUAGUAAGAAUGCAAGGGCUUCAGAUACUGUUUUGGAUGCGACUAGCUUAGUGAACUCUGUACAUUGUUUGGUUCCGGCUGUAGAGCCCGUGCAGCAGGGCACUUGGGUAACGGUGAGGCGGCCUAGCCGCGAAAAACACCACUCUUCCGUUCCAAUAAGAACAUCAAACAGGUUCUCCCCACUCAGUGAUACACCCACUGAGAAUCCUGUUGAAAGUGCCCUAGUUAUUGGCGAUUCUAUUACACGGAACGUGAAAAUAGAGACACCAGCCACCAUAGUCACAUGUUUGCCGGGAGCCAGAGCACCUGACAUCAAAGCAAAUUUAAAAGUGCUGGCUAAUGCUAAUCGUAAAUACUCUAAGAUUAUUAUUCACGUCGGCACUAAUGAUGUUCGACUUCGCCAGUCGGAGAUCACUAAAAUUAACAUUAAAGAGGUGUGUGAACUCGCAAGUACAAUGUCAGGAGAAGUAAUUUGCUCUGGCCCCCUUCCUGUUCGUCGGAGUGAUGAGAUAGUUAGCAGAUUAUCAUCACUCAAUGGCUGGCUGUCUAAGUGGUGUCCGCAAAAUAAUAUAGGUUUCAUAGAUAAUUGGAAAAGUUUUUGGGGCAGACCUGACCUGUUAAAAAGAGAUGGUAUUCAUCCCUCCCGGGAUGGUGCUGCUCUUCUCUCUAGUAAUAUGGCACAUAGUCUUAGAACUGAAACAUGACAAACUGGGGCCCAGGUCAGAAAGCAGCAGACAAACUGGCUAAACCGACCGUCUGCUAGCUGCCUCACGUUACAGAAGUCAGAAAAUUCAGAUAACUCUCAACACAUAGAAACUCUUACACCUAGAUAUUUUCAAAUAGAGACUGUGUCUGUACCCCGAAUUAGUAAAAACAAAAAACUUCCAAACCCAUUUAAUGGUAAAAAUUUAAUUGAUGUUCAACAAAUAAAAAAUAGAGAUAAUAAUGCUAAA